GCAUUAUUUCAUAGGUCCAUAAACGGCCGCUCUAUCAUCACCACUGCAUAAAUCAAGCUGCCUUUCUUGUUUUUUUACACCCCCGGCGUCCAUUCGGCUACAGAGGAGAAGCUCGCCAGCGGACUCCCAACCUCACAAAUACGUGCGAACAUGUCAAAGUAUUAGAAAUGUGUUGCAGCGCUCGUCCGUCGCCAUUUAUAUAUGAUUUUCACGUUAGCAAAAGCAAGAGGUGUAACCGCGGCGGUGCAGGGGCGGGCUGAGUCGCUCCUAGCAGUGCACAGGGCGUGUAAGGAAGUUCUUACCAAGCAGAGGAGAACAACAGGCUCCACGGCGGCACCGAGAGGAUUUAGCGUUUGCAAAAUGCCCGGAAAGAAAGUCUGCAUCGUUGGUUCUGGAAACUGGGGUUCCUCGAUUGCCAAAAUCGUCGGACACAAUGUCAAGGGAUCCAACCGCUUCGACCCGAUGGUCAACAUGUGGGUCUACGAAGAGAUGAUCAACGGCAGGAAGCUCACCGAGAUCAUCAACACGGAGCACGAGAACGUCAAGUAUCUGCCGGGCCACAAGCUGCCCAAGAACGUGGUGGCCGUUCCAGACGUCACAGACGCCAUGAAGGGAGCCAAGAUCCUCAUCUUUGUGAUCCCGCACCAGUUCAUCAGCAAGCUCUGCGAUCAGAUGAAACCUCACAUCACAGAGGGAACCAUCGGGAUAUCGCUCAUCAAAGGAAUCGAUGAGGGACCAGAAGGACUGACGCUCAUCUCAGACAUCAUCCGAGAGAAGCUGGAGAUCGAGGUCAGCGUCCUGAUGGGGGCGAACAUCGCCAGCGAGGUGGCGGAUGAGAAGUUCUGCGAAACCACCAUCGGAGCAAAAAAUGAAGCAAACGGCCUCAUCUUCAAAGAGCUGCUGCAGACCCCCAACUUCCGCAUCAAUGUCGUGCAGGAGAGCGACACAGUAGAGCUGUGUGGAGCCUUAAAGAAUAUCGUGGCGGUAGGCGCCGGGUUCUGCGACGGACUCGGCUGUGGCGACAACACCAAGGCGGCGGUGAUCAGGCUGGGUCUGAUGGAAAUGAUCGCCUUCGCUCGGUUGUUCUGCAAAGGCCAGGUGAACUCCACCACCUUCCUGGAGAGCUGCGGCGUGGCCGACCUCAUCACCACCUGCUACGGAGGACGGAACCGCAAAGUGGCGGAGGCCUUCGUCAGAACGUCCAAGUCCAUCGUUGAGCUGGAGGCAGAAAUGCUCAACGGCCAGAAGCUUCAGGGUCCGCAGACCUCAGCAGAAGUCUACAAGAUCCUCCAAAAGAAGGACAUGGUCAACAAGUUUCCUUUGUUCGCGGCGGUCUACCAGAUCUGCUUCGAGGGCAAGGAAGUGAAAGAGUUCAUCACCUGCCUACAGAACCACCCGGAGCACAUGUGAACGCCUGCUGCUCCUCCACUACCCGGUUACUACCACUAGAGGGUAAAAGAGAUUCACCAGAGAGAAACGCACAAUACAGCUAAACCAACACAACCCAGGACACUUUUACUUAGGAUUAUUUUGUACUCGUGACAUUUCGUAACAGAAGCUGCACUCUUAUUGUCUAAGCGUUUGACAGCGUUUUUACUAAUCUUUUGCUCGUGUUUUGUUAAAUGUUCUGUACUAUCCAGCGGUCUUGGGAACAUUCUAAAUAUUAAAUGACACUCGAUAAGCUGUAAAUCAGAUCAGUUUCAGGGGUUUAAGAUAUCUUCUAAUACUGACCACUCCACUUGUAUUCUUGCCAAAAGUGUCCUCAUUUUUGUCUACUCACAUUUCACUAUAUGAUGUGUGUUUGUAAUCUCGAAAUUGCAACUAAAAAUCUUCUCUUUUUGUUUUAUCUUUGUGUGGAGUUGUUGUUUUUUUCAAUAAAUCAAUAUAUUAGACAUUAAAA